CAGCCUGCAAACCAGCAACGGGUUUCGCACCAACCGGCUAAUAAUAGGGCAUUGAUCGCUAACAUGACAGCCGCCUACUCACAGGGUUUCGGGAUUUGUCGCAGGUGCAGUCCUUCGGCGGCUGACGACGCCUGAAACGACCUCUCGCCCUCUGCGUGUCUCGCGGGGCUGUGCAGCCAGCUGCGGCGUCUCCACAAUUCCCACAACAUUCGCCGCCUCCAGCAUCUGCUAUGAAUAAUAUGCAGGCUGAAUAUCUCUGAGCUGAAAGUACUUAUUCUUGUCGUUGGCUGUUCUUCGUUUGCCGAUAUUUUCUGGCUCCGUUCACUUCGUCGAUACCGAUAUUUGAUUCGUCAUUUUACGUACAUUGCCUGUCGCUUUCACUUCCCUUGUGUGACUCGGCUUUCGUUGUUUCGACUUUGCAAACGUAUAAUUGUUUGCACCGAGGUCACAUUUACACAACAUCCACAAUCUACUCCCAUCAUCAACAUGUUUCUGAAAGCAGUCCUCCGGACCGCCGCUCUGAUACCCUUCCUCUAUAACGCUGCCUCUGCCCAGACAGCCUGCAACAACUCGCCGUCAUUAUGCAACAGGGCGUACAACAACAUCACGCACCUCGGCGCCCACGACAGCCCCUUCUUGCGUGACAAGUCAACCUCGUUCUCCACCUCUGGCAACCAAUACUACGACUCGCCAACCCAGCUUGAUUCCGGCGUGCGGUUGUUGACGGCGCAGGUACACAAGAACGGAAACAGCUCAACUGGCGCGUCGCAAUGGCAUCUGUGCCAUACUAACUGUGGUCUACUCGACAUGGGAACACUGUCGAAUUGGCUGGGGACAAUUAAGACGUGGAUGGACAACAACCCGAACGACGUCGUCACCAUUCUUCUCGUAAACUCUGACAAUGCCAGUCCAGCCGAGCUCGGCAGCGAGUUUAAAACAGCCGGAAUCGACAAGUACGCUUAUACACCCCCAUCCCUUUCCUCAGUCCCAAAACAAUGGCCCACCCUCCAAUCGUUGAUCUCGAACAACACACGCUUGAUGACCUUCGUUGCUUCCCUGUCGACUCCCAGCUCAGAUUAUCCGUGGUUGAUGGACGAAUUCACCUUCAUAUUCGAAAAUGACUUCAACAACCAAUCGCCAACCGACUACCAAUGCACCCCCGCCCGACCCACGUCCCUGAACAACUCCACCUCCUCUGCCGCUAGCUCUGGUAGAAUGUUUCUCAUGAACCACUUCCUCUACAACACCGGACUCUUCGGCAUCCAAACCCCAAACAGUGACUACGCCAACAUUACCAACGCGCAGACGGGCGUAGGUUCGCUCGGCGAACAGUUGACGAAGUGCACGGCUGUGUACAACAAGCCGCCGACGUUUACUAUCGUCGAUUUCACCAAUAUGGGGCCAGCGAUGGAGAGUGUGGAUAAGGCGAAUGGUGUUAGUGGUGCAACGGGCAGAAGGACACUGCCGACUGUAGCACUGAAUGAAAAGGUUUCGGGGGGACCACAGACAAGGGGGAGUGUUUUGGCGGUUGUGGUUGCGGUUGUUGUGGCUGUUGCGUUUGGGUCGUAGACAAAAGCAAUGAAAUUUAGAAUGCAUACCAUCGGCAUCGGAUGGGAAGGAAUGGCUAGAAUGGCUCCUGGUCAUUGGAAUUGGGUUUUAGUUGCUUAUCACAUGGCGACGGCGUUUUUGGAUUCUGGGAUGGCAUCAUGGGCUGGACUGAACUCGGCGUAGUCAGUAUCAGAGCCUCAGGUAUCAUAGUCCGACGGUUGGUUUUUUUUUUUUUGGAAUCUCUUCAUGUAUAGCAGGCAACUUGUAGCAGGAAGUGCUCUUGCUCAGCUAGUUAGAUGAGAUAGAUGUAAUAG